CAAGGUUAUUGUGCUCUUCGUGCAGUGGAUGGGGAAAGUGGAAAUGUGGACAGACUGUGGGAUUUCCUCAAGGUCACCCUGGGAAUUGGACCCCAAGCAUCCUCUCUCUUGCUGCACUCUCUGCAGCUGCUGGGUGAGGGUGAAGUUGUGGAAAUCGGAUUUUCCAGUGCCCCAUCCUCUUUCCUGCAAGGCUUCUCAGCUUUUAGUUUAUACACCUUGCCGGGUGUCAGGGCAGGAUCCCAGCUAUGUUUAUUUGGCCUAAUGUCUUAUAGCUAUUAGAUGUUUACAGUUAAAUAGUGGGUGUUUUUACCGUAGUAUGUUAAUCUCUGACAGUCUCGCUGCUGUGUUAUGAUCCGAUUUCGUGGUGCUGCUGCUGCUAUUGGGAUGGUAUCUGCAGUGAUUUUGAUCACUGCAAGUAACUGUGGCUUUGCUUCUCAAGAACUCGCUUCUUGGCAGUGCCAAGCAAAAGGCAGCUGAACUAUUGGUACUGAUAAGGAUGUAUGGGGACUUGGGUGGUGGUUGUCUUCUUGUCCUCUACUUCUAUUUUGCUUUGCAGACUGUUAUAAACAAAGGAGUAGGCAAGGUUUAAUAGGAGGAGUUCCUCUAACCUCUUCCUCAGAAAAUAAACAGUAGGAUUUAAUGAGGGUUUACCCCUUUGAUUGUCUUGCCUGUAGGAUUUUUAACUGCGUGCUACUACUUGUAGUUGUUCGUACAGGUGCAGUUUUUCUCCUGGUGCUGUGCCCUUGGGCUGAUCUGUUCACCGAGUGCCUGUCGUAGUAAGCAGCAUUAUGUUCUGAGGGUGGUGGCGAUCUGUGGCACAGAUGGAUGGCUGAGAUGGAAAAGGGAUCGAAUCUGUGUUGUAAACUGAAGCCCUGCCCUGCUCUGAAGGAAAGUCUGCAGUCCUGUUUGACGCCCAGCAAUCUUGUUAAUGUCUUACUAGGAUGCCAGAGCCGUUGAGCAUCUUCCUGCUGCCGUUUUAGGAAGGGGUAGCGUGCUGUAUUAAGUUACUAAAAGGUAGAAAUCGCUGACAGCCUGUCAAGGCCAUUUGCUCUCCUGUUCCUGCCAAGAUUUAAAUUUAGUGGCCAAGAUGAGGGGGCAGUACCUACCUGGCUGGCCAAGGUGACAGCAUCAUGUCCAUGUGGAAGCAGCCCCCUGCUCGCUUGUGCGUCAUGUUUUGUCUGGCAGGGCAGAGGUGUGAUGGAGAGAAGGGAUGGAGGCACAGUGACUGCUGGUCGGUGUGCCUUGAAACCUGGGAGCUAUAGGAUUUGGAGCUGUGCUCUGAUAAGAGAAGUUUGGGGAAAGUCUUGCUUAGAAGCUGUAAGCAUUUCAUGUGCCUGUACAGCUGUUCUUGCGUAACUGUUGUCAUCCUGAGAAUUGUGAAAUAGUAGGAAGGAGAAAUUUCCCAGAGUAGGGCAGCUUUGUUUAGAGGUAAAUGUUAUGCUGUGUUUAGCUAGAAUAAAAUCUGUGUGUUGAGCCAGCAUCCCUGACCAGGGGCCCAGUUCUGCAGAUUCCCGUGAGAACAGCUUUCCCUUGAAGGUUCAAGCCCAAUCUAGGGAGCAUCAUUGUUGCAGGGUAUGUGAUGACCAUGCAAUGCUGUGAAAAUAGUUAAAUAUCUUUGGCGCAUCCUGAGGAGUACACCCAGUGUUGAUAGCUGGGUGUGCAUCUGCAGCAUGAACUACAGGUUGUGCCCUGGAUGGGGGAAAUGUCAGGAGCCUCAGGAAAGGGGCUGUGACCUGGUGCUGACCCUUUGAACAACAAAGGGCACAGGGAUACAGCAAGAGCUGAUGACGCAGCAAGAAGACCCCAGACUGUCUGGGUGCACAAACUGUAAGAAUAUAAAAGCCCAGGAAUGCUUUUGUUAGGGAUCCCUUCCCAGAGGCAUCAGGUCAAGCUGGUUUUGUGUCACUGCACCACGAUUAAAUUACUUAGAGGAUCCAGACAUCUGAGACUGCUAUGGGAAACCCAGGGCUGAGCCAGUAAGGAAACCCUGUCUGACUGUGAGUGUGGGGUGUGCAGGGAGCCAAGAGGGGCACCCCUGGGGUCACUGGAGCCAUCUGCUGUGGAGGGACUUGGGUCCCUGCAGUGAAAGUCUUGGAAUGGGGGGAGUGUGACUGACAGAGUAGCUACUGGGUAGUCAGAAAGGAGUUUCCUUAACAUAUUCUGGGUUUUAUCUGAAAAAUCUGUAGCCAGGAGGCUGUAAGAUGGGUGACUGAUGAGUUGUUCUUUCUUCCUCAGCAAGAAGUACCUGGGUGUGGAGUAAGGAUGUGUGAUUUCCAUCUCUGGUCCUCCAAAGGGUCAGGCCUUGGGUUUGCUGCUGGGCUGGCAGUUACUUGUUUUACAGAUGGUAGCAAGCCUCUGGACUUACCCCACUGCGGAAAUAAAAUGCUGCUGGAGGAAUGAAAUUUCUACUUUGCUGAUGGCCCGUCAGUGUUGUCCCAGUGGCCUGUCAGUGCUGUCCCACAGCUGAGCACCCUCACCCUUUACUGGAGAAGAAACUGAAGUGAGAAACAAGUGACUGGAAAAGAACGAUUUGAAGGAACAGAUUCAUUUCUUAACAAGAUCAAUUUUGAAUUAAAUGGCUGAUAAACAGAUCAGUUUACCUGCCAAGCUGAUCAAUGGAGGGAUAGCUGGGCUGAUUGGGGUCACCUGUGUAUUUCCCAUUGACCUGGCAAAAACUCGCCUGCAGAACCAGCAGAAUGGUCAACGGAUGUACAGCAGCCUGUCUGACUGCCUCAUUAAAACAAUUCGGUCGGAAGGCUACUUUGGCAUGUACAGAGGGGCUGCAGUGAACCUGACUCUAGUGACACCAGAAAAGGCUAUCAAACUGGCAGCCAAUGACUUCUUCCGGCAUCACCUCUCCAAAGACGGGAAAAAGCUGACACUUCUGAGGGAGAUGCUGGCAGGCUGUGGUGCAGGUACCUGCCAGGUGAUUGUCACCACUCCCAUGGAGAUGCUCAAAAUCCAGCUGCAGGAUGCAGGACGCAUUGCGGCACAGAAGAAGCUCAUGGCGGCGCAGGCCCAGCUCUCCUCCUCGCCCGCGGCGGCCGCCGAGCCCGCGGUGGAAACGCGCCCCACGGCCACCCAGAUCACCAGGGAGCUGCUGAGGAGCAAAGGCAUUGCUGGACUCUACAAGGGCCUGGGAGCCACGCUGCUAAGGGAUGUCCCGUUCUCCAUUGUUUACUUCCCGCUGUUUGCAAACCUGAACAAGCUGGGCCAGAAAGAUCCCAAUGUCAAGGCUCCAUUCUACGUGUCCUUCCUCUCCGGAUGUGUGGCCGGCAGUACGGCUGCAGUGGCUGUCAAUCCUUGUGAUGUCAUCAAAACACGGCUGCAGUCCUUGCAGAGGGGAGUGAAUGAGGACACCUACUCGGGGAUCCUGGACUGCACCAAGAAGAUCUGGCAGAGGGAAGGGCCCACGGCCUUCUUCAAAGGGGCCUACUGCCGAGCCCUGGUCAUUGCUCCUCUCUUCGGCAUCGCACAAGUUGUCUACUUCGUCGGCAUCGCGGAAUUCCUGCUGGACAUGCUCCCCAAGCGCCGGGCCUAGCCCCGGGCUGGCUGCCUGUGCCCUCCCGCCCUCUGCAGCGCUGGAUUCAUCCCCGUGUUCGCCAUCCGUGUCGGUCGAUGUCAGAGCAACAGCACAAAGGGUUCGCGCAGGGACGCGAAGGGAGCCGGUGCCCAGAGGGGCCAGCGCGGGCAGGGACAGAGUCCCUCCUCUGCCACCGUCUGGAACCUGCCCCUCACGCUCCUUCCACGGACAAUACUUAAUUAUUCCUCUCUCUCUCUCUGUCUCUUUUUAAUUUCCCGUUUUUUGGUUUUAAAUUGUCAUUCUUAAGGACACUGGUAAGCACAGACUGGGCUUGCAGACCCAGAAGUCUCGGUCAUGGGGAGGAGGAGAGAUGGGAAAGAAAUAACUUCAACCCUCGUCCACCUCAAUUUCCCUUUCUACCUGGAGCUGCCAGCCAUCUGAGGAGGAGCUGGAGGGGCAGCUGUGUCCCCUCAGCACCUCCUUGGCUCUGCUGACCUCGUUCAAGUGUGAAUGCUGCACAAAGGGGGCUUAUCUCAUUGCUGCUGGAGGCAGGGGUGGGAUGCUGGAUUUGACAAGUUCCCUGGCCUGCAAACCUUCAGUCCUCCCUUCUCCCUUUUUAAAAACUAGUUGGACUUAAAUGAAUUCUGAUUGUUCCUAUUGAUUUUGUAAUUAUUUUUGUUUUAAAGCAA